CUUGUGCAAACCUAUAAAUUGAAAACCCUUAAAGGAGGAGGAAGAGGGAAAGAUGCCGUUGGGUAAGUAUCACUGCGACUAUUGCGACAAGGAAUUUCAGGACAGUCCUUUCGCUAGGAAACGCCAUCUUCAAGGUCUUCAACACCUUAGAGCCAAAGCUCUCUGGUACGACUCCUUCAAAGACCAAAAUCAAGUUUAUGCAGAAGGUUUCGGAAAUGGUGUCUGUAACCGCUUCGUUAAAACAGGAAUUUGCCAAUAUGGGGAUUCUUGCAAGUAUUUGCAUCCAAAGAACACAGUCCAAAAUUUGAACAAUUCUCAAGGGAGGCCAGGUUUCGUUGGUAGUAAUCAGUCACCUAUUUUUCAAGGAAAUCAAGUUAUUGGAACCAACUCUAUGUCUGGUGAUACGGUCAGAGAUAGAAUGGGGAUAUCAUGGGGCAAUCUACCUCCAUCGUUAAAGCCUCCUCCAGAGGGUGGAUAUCCAAGUCUUCCUUUUGUGGACUGGGGAUAGGAUUUGGGUUUCAGAAUUCGUUGUGUAAUUUACCAUUAGUAUGAAACCAGUCAAUUUUCACCCUAUCAAUUGACUUCUUCAUGUAACAUUUUGCUUGUUUCUAUUAACUUGAUCCAUCAACAUAUCAUGCAUUUGCAUUCUUUUAGACUUGUUUUUUUUAAUGGAAAAAAAAGGGUAUUUGAGAUU